AUGUACAUACACACAGGCACAUACAGACACAUACACACAAAUACACACAUGUACAUGCACACACACAGGCACAUGUACAUACAUGCAGACACAUGUACAGAUACACACAUGUACAUACACACACGUACACCCCCCCUUCCCCCCUAAAAAGUUGCAGUACUUCGUUGUUCACUCACAGAGCCGGGUACUGCACUCUAGGGGGAGGCAGAGAGCACAGCACACACUCCUUCCUUUGCUUUCACUGCACUCAGCCAUUGAGCAGUCUGACGGCUCCCAGUGCCAAUAACAGAUCCGGCCUGAGCUCCGAGCCUGCUCAGCAAGACGGCCCUGGGGGACACACUUGCCCCCACCAUAAUUUCCACUCGCCAUUGGCGAGCAGGUGAGUGGAAAUUUCAAGCCCUG